AUGAUUUCGAGGAAGUUAAGAUUUUUGGUUAUUCUGGUUAUCCUGUCGUCUUUCGCACAGGCGAAAGAUAAAUGCCCUUUGCAAUGUGAUUGCAGCGAGGACUUGUCCGUGGUGAAAUGUCGUGACAUGGAGAAGUUUCCCGUGUUUAACUUUGCCGAAAAGGUUAAAACACUGUAAGUAAAACAGUUAAAAGUAAUAACUGGGACGCUAUAUAUAUAUUUUUUCAAGUUUAAUUUCGAAAGAAAAAAGUCUGUUUAUGAAUGGGUUUGCACCAUGGUUUUUCGAAAGAAACCUUUUCCUGGCUUAGCAACCAUGCGUGUAUAGGAAUAUCCAGGAAUUACACUUAAAAAGCAAAAUUGUCAAAAUAGAGUUCAACCAAAAUUACCUCUCUUUUAAGCUCUUAUAAAUGAUUAACUGGAUAAACUGAUUCAGUCCCAUGACGGAAAGCGAACCACUCUGUGCACCAUAAACCCCACACAAACACACUGCAACCACAUAACUGAAAGAUAGUCCUGACACACUUUCGAUUUCUUGAAUUGAGGGCUAGAAGUCCUUGGGCUACGCUCAUGUCACAAAUCUUCCUUGCAAGUUUCAUCGGCAGAAAAAGCGAUAAAGCGAGCGACAUGUAUAUUAAAUAGGAUGUCUAUUUCACUGUAUUUUCUGGUCAAAGGAGAAAGACGAUAAAGCUAACAAUAACUAACAGUCGAUUAUGCUAGAUUUUUAGCCUUUAAAAUUCUGUUUUGCGACCAGAACGCGAAAUUGUUUCUGGAAGCUUAAAAGUGAGAUUUCACUCAACUAAGUAUUAUGUAAUAUAUGGAAUUAGCACUGCUGUAACGUAUUUUAAUAUUUGUAAGUAUAUUGCCAUGUAAGUGUGUAAAUUCGCUAUUUGUUUUUUUUGGUUUUUUGUUUUCUUUUUAUUACUUUAUUUAUUCUGUGUAAUUUUUUUUUCUGUGUGUUUUACUUGCAAUAAAAAAAAUUAAAAAAUAAAAAUAUAUAUACAUUUCUUCGACCGAUUACAGGGACUUGACUUAUGGAAAUAUCAGGAACAUAAAUGCAAAAGAAGUCACACCUUACACAAAUCUGGAAAAUCUGUAAGUAUUGAGAGAACCUGCAGUUAAAUGAACCAAAUAUCAAAGUACCGGUAGGCAAAGUAGGCGGGGAGUAAAGCAGGAACACUGAGACAUUCAAAGCUGAAGAGUGAGCCUACUAUCAAAGCCAAACGCGAAAGACAGAAAGAAAAACGUUAGGAGGGAGUGAGUCAGAAUUAGUAGCAUCCGUAGCCAGUUAAUCGUUAUAGCGUGGGCAAGUUUUGCUAGAAACCUGCGAAGCUGUGUGUAGAAUGGGGAGGAGGGACUUUUAAAUCUUUCUCGCUCACUUAGCCGCCAACCUCUCACACGAGAAAAAUUAAUUCCGCCAGCAUCGCAGGCUAGUGAAUUAGUGAGUGAGUGACUUAGUAUUUGUAACAGUAUAUCUUUACUGUAUCCACUUUCUAUCGAAAGAGAGGUUCUCAUAUUUUCGGCAAAUCAUCUCGUUAGGAGUAAAGUCACUUAACAAAACACAUUUGGUAGCGUGACGGUACAUUAAAGGUAAAAGUUUUCACUUUAGGUUGUCUUACAUCCCUUAAAAAAACGCCUUUGCUUAAGUUCACUAUUCAUAGGGUUCCCAUUAGGAUUUUCGGGAUUCCCCCUAUUUGAAGCUCGGGUUUCGGGAUUGUAAAGUAAAAUCGGGUCGAGAUUCGGGAUUGAAAGUAUAUGCGAGGGAUGUAGGAUGCCAAAAAUAACCAUCUAGAUUAAGGGAUUGAGCGAAAUUUGGGGUCGGGAUUACGAGAUUGAAGAACCCUAUUGAGGAUCCUCUAUUAACUCCAACAAUUUAUCUUUCUUUGUGACAGGUUCAUUAGUCACAAUCCUCUGGACUGUGACCAUGCAACUACCUACACCUUGAAAUACGUUCUGAGAGAAACCAUGAAACUAAAAUCGUUUGAUGGACAUAAGAUAAAAUGUCCAAAACGAAUGCCACUUAUGGGCAAACCUCUUCAUGGUUUGGCUGGUAAGUAGGCUUUCAUAAACCUUACAAGUAUGUAUCUUGGAAAAAUAGCCCAUAGGUUUGAGCUUUCAAUGUCAGUCUCCAAGUCAAGAUAGAUAAAGAUACCUAAGAAAAAGUUUCUGAAAUAUAGACCAAAAACUCAUCAGAUUUCGUUUCCAAUUAGGAGUUCAUGCUUUUUUCUAUUGAAGAUGCUGUCCAAAUACUGGUAACUGUCUUUGUAGGAGACUUUUUCUUUCUUCAUCAAAUUUCGUUCCGUUCAUUUCCCAUUGCAGUCAGUGCUCGGCCUUAAGUAGUAGAGGGGAGGUAGCCACGGAAGUGUGAGAAGUGAAGAGCAUAAAUAUCCAGUCAGCCUACAAAACCUAGUGAAACCAGCAAACCUCUCGUAUAACAUAAAAGCACCCUUCGAACAUCCUUAGAACUUCAGUUUGCCGAGCCGGCCAUUCUACUCCGAACUGGAGCGCCCUCCGGGCAAUUAUAUUAUUGCCCCAGGGUUUUUAUAUUUCGAUUAUUCCAAAGGAAAAUGCGACAAAGUAAUCCUCAUUUAACAUUGGACAUUCAUAGCUCUCGCUUGUAUACGCUUUAAUUUUGGUAGUACUUUUUCAGUAGUACUUAUACCAUUGAAGCAAACUAGGAGCAAACACUAUAUAAACAAUUUUGACCGGACUAUACUAGUUAACAGUAUAGCUCUCUAGAUUAGGAAAUUCGAAGUAAUCGUUAAAAAAAAGCCUCAUGGAAAAAAAUAUAAUUUAAUACUAGAAAACAACAGACAUUUCGCUACGCCACGACAGUACUGGCUUCUACGCGGAGAAAUAGAAGUAGAGUAGCGAAAUGUCGGCGUUUUCUUAAGCUAAUACUAAAGCUACUUUUGCAUUGUUUCUUCACAGAGAGCGGUAACAUUCAUUAUGGAGGCGGCGGUCCAAAUGUUCAUAUUCAUGCUUUGACAGGCCAUCAUCCUUUACACUGCAUGACACCUGGGAUGGUCGCGACUGUGGUGUUUUGUACAAUCGUGGGACUGAUCGCAGUAGCGGGUAUUUGCUGGUUGAUAGUAUUGCUCGUGUAAGUGAAGGAAAUGGAUAUUCAACAUUUGAUGUUUUACAGUUGAAUUAGCCCUACUCUAUUAAAGUUGCAAACCAAAAACCACAGUCCCAAAUGUUUAUACGCCUAGAGGCGCCGAGAAUACUUUAAAUCUGUAGGGACUGAAAAAGAGCCGUGGUUGAUACAACGUCAUCAACUCUGGUUUAAUUUUCGGCUGGUUGACCUAGGAAAAAUUGGAGAAGAUGUUUACAAUUCCCGGAGAGCAUACAAAAAAAAGCAAAAAGAAAAGGACAAGGCUCCUUCGUAGUUUUCCCGCGGUUUGCAGCCGGUACUCAAAUGAGUUUGUAACUUCUGAUAACUUCUGAUUGGCUGAUUGCAGUGUGCUCUUUGUUGUGAUUGGCCAAUUAAAAAUCAGUCUUCCCGCCUUUUCCCCGCGCCACUCUGACCUCUCCUCUCUUCAAAGCUAGAUUUUUACCAGAUAAGACAACAAUUUUCACCAUUUUCUUUUGUUCUUUACACUAAUUUCAGCGCUGCCAAGAAGAAAGUUUCGAACGCUGAUGAUCCAGUGAGUCAAAUGGAAGACGGAACCUCUACAGCAACUCAGUCAAUAGACACAACUGCUGAAGCGCUGAUGAAAGGCUUACAGAAACAGCGACGAAGCAGUCAGGGAUUCCCUGAAAAUGCAAUCGUAGACUCUGAGGAAGACGAUGUCGUGGAAGAACACGAAUAUCUGAUGGCAAAAAUGAAGAAACAGAGACGUCAUUCUCAAGGAUACGCUGAUGGAGCAGAAUCCAGCGACGAGGAAUCGGACAUGGUCGAAAUCAAUUUGAACGACUGA